GUUGAAUCCGUGAUGAUUGACUCGUGUCUUACGGGCGUCGCCAGAGUCCCCUUCGCACAAACUACAAGGCAUCAAUCGCGUCCUACUCACCAUCGAGUACGUUCUCGACAGCAUCUUGUUCAAUUCUCAACGUUCUCCAGCCUCACUCCCUCGGUCGUCGAGGAAUCCAUCACACUCAAGGCUCCGGUCAUCGUCUCGUACCAUCCGCCAAUAUUUAAGCCUCUUCAAUCACUGACCCUCACGAACCCUCUGCAAUCUUCUCUUCUCCGCUGCGCAGUUGAAGGCAUCUCGGUUUUCUCUCCACAUACGUCUUUGGACUCUGUCUGGGGAGGCGUGAAUGACUGGCUUGCCAAAGGGCUUGGUCCUGGCCAAAUCAGCGCCUUGGUAGGCGAGAAACUUGAUACGAGUGGGACGAGCGAGGGUGCGGAAGGACGGUUGGUCUUUCUAGAUGAACCAGUGUCGGUGAAAGAGCUGGUGGAUAGGGUGAAGUGGCAUCUUGGCUUAUCGCAGGUUCAAGUAGCAUAUCCCUCCGCCGUACUUAGUGACAUUCGUACGGUGGCGAUAUGCGCUGGGUCAGGAGGAUCGAUGCUUGUUGGACGCGAUGCGGAUGUUUAUUUCACUGGGGAGAUGUCGCAUCAUGAAGUAUUAGCAUCAGUC